AUGUUCAAAGUGAGAGAGUUUGUGGACAAACAUAUAUGUUCGUUGAAAGAUAAGGUGUAUUCUUGUAAUCAAGCAAGUAGAGAUUUUAUAGCAGGCAUUAUUAAACCAAAAAUAACAAAUUAUAAGUGGAAGUAUACACCAAAGGAUAUAGCAGAUGAUGUGAACAAUGAAUUUGGUGUGGAUGUGAACUACAUGAAGGCAUAUCGUGCUAAAGAAAAGGCUAUGACUGAGUUGAGGGGAGAACCAGCAGAUUCAUACAAGAAGUUACCUGCAUACGUAUAUAUUUUGGAUAAAACGUACCCAGAUGGUAGCCACCUCAAACAAGAAUACAAUGGUACAUUUGUUUCGGCAAGCACAUUGGCUGGUGCAGGGAAUAUACUGUCUCUAGCAUAUGGCGUGAUAGAUUCAGAAAAUAAUAAGUCUUGGUCAUGGUUCUUUCAACGGUUCAGGGAAGCGUAUGGGGUAAGGGAUAACGUGUGUAUUGUAUCUCAUAGACAUGAAAGCAUCAUCAAGGCUGUAUGUAGAAUUUAUCCUAAUGUUCCGCAUUUAGCAUGCAUAUGGCAUCUUUGGAAGAAUGUAUACAAUAGAUAUAGGAAGAGUCAUGAAGUGUUGAGUGGGGUGUACUAUAGAUUGGCAAAAGCAUACACGCAGAAUGACUUUGAUAUGCCAAUGGAAAAGGUUGAGAAGGAGUACUUGGAGUUAGCUGGAAGAGAAAAGUGGGCUAGGCUCUAUUUUCCAGUUAAUCGAGCAUGGACAUUGACAUCAAAUAUUGCUGAGUCCAUCAAUGUGGCACUUGUAUCUGCUAGAGAAUUGCCAAUUUAUGAUUUUAUGGAAGAAAUUAGGUUGAUGUAUGGACGGUGGAAUUGCACCAACCGACAGAAUGGUUCUUACACAUUCACAACACUUGGGAAAAAAUUUCAAGAGUUCUUAUCCAUCAAUGAGCAUAAAUCUACGCGCAUGAGGGGUGAUGAUUCCAGUUAA